AUGUCCUUAGUUCUAGCGUUCGGCAAUCCCGUGCUCGACUCCGUUGUCAAGCUGAAGAACAAGGACAUCAUCAAUAAAUUUAAGCUGCAAGAAGAUGGCCACAAGCAGACCACUCCCGAGGAGAUGCAGGACAUCCUCAAGGAGAUCAAACAACAAAAAUAUACCUGGAGUAAUGUCGCCGGCGGCUCGGCACUGAAUACAAUGAGAAUAUUACAAUGGUUGUUCGAUCAUGAGCGUUCGACGGUUGUUUUCGGCGCGGUUGGCACCGACUCCAACGCCACACUGCUCAAAAACAUGGUGGAAGAGUUCCGCGUGAAAACAAAAUUUGCCUUCCUUGACAAACAACCCACAGGAUGGGUACUGUCCCUCGUCUACAAAUCUUCUAGAUCUUUGAUUGCGCACAUCGGCGCUGCGGAGUGUUACGCACUGCAACAUUUCGACAACGCUGAGAAUCGUCUGCUUAUUAAAGAAAGCAAUCUCAUUUACAUGGAGGGGUUCUUCAUCACUGAGCGUAAAGAAGUUUCCCGGCAUAUUUUAGAUCUAUGCAAGGCUGAAGGCAAGCCUUUUGUGUUUAAUCUCAAUGCGGAGUAUCUCGUGACUGAGUUACGAGAUGAAAUGAUGCACUUCGUGGAGAAUUCUAGUAUUCUCUUUGGUAAUAGUAAAGAGUUUUCUAAACUAGCGAAAGGAAUCGGUAUUUCCAAAGAGGAGUUGAUUAAGAAAUUGGUCGCUGGGAAAAGUGAUAAGUUGUUGGUUGUUACGAAUGGUCCGAAGAGUGUGCAUGCGUAUUAUCAGAAUGAGGUGAUUAAGUAUGAAGUGCCGGCGAUGAAGCCGAGCGAAAUUGUUGAUACGACCGGAUGUGGCGAUUCGUUUGUCGCCGGGUUUAUUUUCGGGCAUUUGAAUGGCUUGCCGCCAUUGAGGUGCAUGAAAUGGGGCGCAUGGAUGGCGCAACAGGUGAUUCGUCAAAUUGGAUGCACACCGCCAGGCAGGUUAUUACCCACAGAUAUUAGAAAAGUUGAGUAAGAAGUGAAUACGUUUGAAACGCGUACUGGAAAUUGCAAUAAUUAUUAUCAAAGAUCAGUAUUUUUUAGAAUCAUUACUUGUAUGAUAUUUUGUUUGACUAAAGGGAAACAUUGUGAAAGAUGCUGAUGCAUUAUUCAGCGGCCAUUUUGAUUUUUAACCAUUAUAACCAAAGAAUAAAUUACGUCCAAAACAAA